CCGGCGUCAAUCAGGCCGCAGCGCGUCCUGCUACCACGAUGGUGAAUCUGCCAACUUGUUGAUCUCUCAAUCAGCCUACCAUCACCCUCAUGGACGAUGAACUCUUCAAUUCUCCGGGGCUGUUAGCUCCAUCCCCAGAAUACCUGGCUUCUGUCAAAGUAUUUCCCCUCAUACCGGCUAUCAAGAAGGAAAUAAUCAAAACCAUUGAUAGCCCCUUGACCUGGGAUCAGCUCACCGCCUCAGAUAUUAGUUUCUCCAUAGUAAGACCGAUUGUCUUUAAAUUUGCUCGCCUCAAGAAUCUUGCAAUUGUGUAUGCCUGUUUGGUUGUACGGUCGUAUUUCUUGGGUGAAUCUGAAAACGACCUGGCCUACGCUGGAGUAAACCUUUCCAGAGCGAACCUCUGCGAACUCAUAGCAACGAAGCUCCUCAGUCACUUCGCCGCCGAUCACAUUCAACUCGUAGCUGUGCUCACAACUAGCUGGAACCCUCUCGCCGGAGCAACCUCGAGUUUUGUAGAUGAAGUCCAACAGGUGUUAAGAUGUGAUGAUGAGGAUUUGAAUUAUCCGCAGAGUGCGCUUGAGAUGGCUAUUUCGACAAAAUCCACGAAAUUCCUGGCGUCACCUGUAACUCAAAAAGUAGUGAAUGACAUAUAUACUGGACGCGUAAUCUUUUCGAUUGCUGCAACUCGAUCAGUGUUGGCGGAUAACUACAAACAUCGGAGUAUACAGGUUUACAAUUGGAGGGAUGCCCCCUUCCUUGAUCAUUAUAGGCUUCGGGUUCCCAAAUACGGCGCUAUUUUGGAAUUUCUUAAUUUUGCUGUUCUAUUGUUGACUUUUAUCCUGUGUCUGUCGAACCAAAACCCCGAAGGAAUGAAUUUCUGGGAAUCGGUAUUCAUACUGUUCGCUGUGUGUUUCGCUUUGGAAGAAUAUACGGCAUCGACAGAACACGGAUGGGGAAUAUACAUUGCGAAUAUGUGGAAUGUUUUUGAUACUGCAUUCUUGGCCAUAUUUUGCGUGUAUCUCGUCUUGCGUAUACGAGGUAUUGUCAAUGGAGACUCUGCCUCGUCCGAACUGGCAUUCGAUAUCCUGGCCUGCGGGGCCUGUAUCCUCUUACCCAGGCUGGCGUUCUUCGCUGUAUCAAAUACAGUGGUCGUAUUGGCACUCCGAGCGAUGAUUGCGGAAUUCAUAUUCUUCAUUGGAAUAGCUUCCAUCUGUUUCUCCGGCCUACUUUUUACUCUCUGGACACUAGCUGGAUCAACAAAACAAUUCGAGGAAGGAGAACAUCAAUGGACCUUGAAGUCUAUCUCCUGGCUUAUGGUACAGAUAUGGUUCGGAAACACAUACCUUAGUUUUGGUCAAGCCAGCAGCUUUCAUCCUGUGUUGGGGCCAAUCUUGAUGACAUGUUUCGCUGCACUGUCAAAUACUUUGCUUUUGACUAUCCUCAUUUCUAUUCUGUCUAACACUGUCGCUAGGAUUGAUGCUAACAUUACGCAAGAGUAUUUGUUCCAAUUCACGAUCUCCACUAUCGAAGGUGUUAAAACAGAUCCUUUGUUCUCUUAUCAACCUCCCUUCAACGUUUUAGCUUUUAUCAUCCUGAAACCAGCUAGCUGGAUUAUUUCUCCUCGAGCUUUACAUUCUCUCAAUGUUUUCCUCAUCAAACUUACAAGCUUCCCCAUUCUGCUCGUCAUCGGCAUCUACGAACGAUACCUAGCACGCGGCCGGGCCUUGCGAGAAUCCGGAAAAGAUGCAGCACAUUCAAUAUUCAACAGUCUUCCACGUCAAAUCAAAAAUCUACCGUUAAUAGAGGCUUUGGUCGGUUCUACCACAGCUGAUAUUUAUGAGGCUAUCUUUGACGUUGAGGCCGAGAACGACGCCGAAUUGUUCACAGACUCGGAUGAUGAUGAAGCGCCAGCAUUACGCUCAUUCAGAUACAUAUCGAAUCCUACUUCUCCUACGUCUACUCAAACUCGCAGACGACCUGCAAGUCUUGCUCCAUCUGUGAGUAUUCGUAGAGACCCUUCACCAUUGCCGUCUCCGCAACGGCUGCGCCCUAUAUCAUCCGACCUCGAUUUUUCGUCAUCCGGGGAAGUGCCGACUCAGAACAAAAGUCCACUUGCUAGACUGUUUGUAAGGACCCCCUCAGAUAACCCGGUUUCGGCUGCGGCAAACUCGGUGGAGGUCAGCGUGAGGAAAGUCGAGACCCUCGUGAGUGAAAUGAAAGGUUUGCCGUUGGGGCGGGUGCGAGAGGAGAUGAAAGAGUUGCAGGUGAGUAACCCUAGUCCAGAACCCGUCUGGAACUAUUGUUGAUGUCACUGGCGCUCAUGGUAUUUUUAACCACAGGACCGUCAAGCUCGAAUUGA